CCCACUGACAAGGACACUACCACAAACACCUCACCUCACCUCACCGUACGUCUCCUAGCUGCUUCUCCUCAUGGCGCUCGUCGGCGGCAAGGUGGUGGCGGCGAAGGAGCCGGGCGUGGCACGGCGGCUGUGGCGCGUGGUGCGCGCCGUGCUGUACAUGCUGCGCCGCGGCCUGCCGUCGGGGCGGAAGCUCGCCAUGGACCUCCACCUGCUCAUCCACCGCGGCAAGAUCGCCGGGAAGGCGCUCGGGGAGCUCGUCAUGUUCCACCAGCAUGGGCACGGCGGCGGCGGCGGCGGCGGAGGCGCCGCCGCGGCGGUCGGGUCGUCGCUGUCGUGCCGCGCGAUCGACCCGGCGCUCGCCGUGUACGACCCGACGUCCUCGCGCGGCCGACGCGAGGUCGAGUUCAGCUGCAGCAACACGCCGUCCUCCACUACCGGCGGAGGUGGCGGCCUCCUCGGGCGCCGCCGCCGCAACCGCCACCACCGCCGCGACGACGAGUACUCCCACGACUCCGCCGCGGCCGCCGGCUACUACGACUACGGCUACGACGCGGCCUACGUCGCCAGGGUGUUCGAGAUGCUCAACGACAGCGAGCACCUCUUCAACGACGACGGCGACGCGCUCGCCGCGGCGCCGACCACCACCGACGAGACGCCGCUGUGGACGCCGGCCCGCUCCCGCAGCCCGGCCCCGGCGGCGACGGCGAGUCGGCGCCACGCGCGCAUCACCGACUCGCCUUUCUCGGCGAGUGGCGGCGAUAACUGCGACGACUCCUCCGCCGGCGGCGGCGUGCAGCAGGUCGACCGGAAGGCCGACGAGUUCAUCAAGCGCUUCUACGAGCAGCUGCGCGCGCAGCGCAGCGUCGCCGCCACGCCGGACUACUACGGCGCCAGCCCGUACAGCGCGCGCGGCCGCACGCCGCGGCCGGUCGCCGCCGGCAUUGCUUGAUCGCCAUAGCCAUGCAUGCAGGAUCGAGAGAAAGCCUUUCCUUUAGUCUGCACGAAGUUGUAAUGGUUGUUGCUUUGUACGUGUCAUCAGUCCAAAACCCUAAAAAUCAUUCUGGUAUAUGCUCUGCCAUGUUGCUAAUCAAAAGAGAUUAUCUUUUUGCUGUGCUUAACCGAUGAGAUUUGCU